AUGGGGAAACGCAAGCAGGACCUCGGCGACGUGCCCAUGGGCGGCAUGCAGGCCGGCGACUCUGAUUCCGACGACGAUGUGGACAUGGUCAAUGUCGACUUUGAAUGGUUUGACCCGCAACCUGCGGUCGACUUCCACGGACUCAAGAAUCUGCUUCGUCAAUUGUUCGAUAAUGAUGCGCAGAUGUUUGAUUUGUCUGCGUUGGCCGAUCUGAUCCUCUCGCAGCCGUUGUUGGGCUCGACGGUGAAGGUGGACGGUAACGAGUCGGAUCCGUAUGCGUUUUUGUCGGUGUUGAACCUUCAGGAGCACAAGGAUAAACCCGUCAUCCAAGACCUGAUCAACUACUUCAAGGGCAAGGCCGCCGCCAACCCCGCCCUCUCCCCCCUCAGCCAGCUCCUCUCGCAAACUCCUGUGCCCCCAAUCGGCCUCAUCCUGACCGAGCGCAUGAUCAACAUGCCCUCCGAGGUUAUCCCGCCCAUGUACAACAUGUUGCUGGAGGAGAUUGCCUGGGCGAUCGAGGAUAAGGAACCCUACAACUUCUCCCACUACCUCAUCAUCUCGAAGAACUACGAAGAGAUCGAGUCCAAGCUCGACAUGGAGGAGUCACGGCCACAGAAGAAGAAGAAGAAGGGUGGUGAACCCUCCCAGCGGUUCUUCUUCCACCCCGAGGACGACGUGUUGGAGCGGAACGCAAUCUGCACGGGAACGAUGGAGUAUACCAACAAACAGGAUGAGGGUCACUCGGAUUCCAAGCGUGCUUUCCAAGAAUUGGGUAUUCGCACCAAGGGUAGCUUGACCUUGAUUGAUGGUGCCAACUUUGAGAAUACCGUCAAGGCGCUUACGGAGUACUUGAAGCCGCCUGGCGUGUAA